AUGGAGUUCAUGGUAUCCUUUGACUCGUCAAGGACAAGAUCUCAACAACCACAGACGGCGGCGCCAUCCACGAACACAUCCAUCCAACAACAGCAGUAUCAACAAGCACAGUAUCCACAGGAUCAAUUCCAACAACCACACCUGAUUGGCUCUUCAGAUACGUCAUCAAUCCCAAAACAGGAGGGCUUAAUUGAUACUCAAGCACAGCAACAUCAUCAGGGCCAACUUGGCCAACAACAGCACCAUUUCACAAGUGCUAAGCAGGACAAUUUCUACUUUGAAAACAACUCACAGCUCCCUUCGCAUCAGCAACAGCAACAACCACAGUUGACUCCAUUAGCUAUGAAGAACGACUUGUUAUCUCAAAGCAGUGGGUUACUUGAGCCAACACCAGGGUACUUGCGGUCGGAGUUCUUUACAGGAAGUAAUACGCCGUCACUUUAUCCUCCACCAUAUCAAAGGUCAGCAUCUCUUGGUGGACCACAACAACAAGAGUUGGCGAAUGAACAUUUCCAAAGUCAUUCAAAACAAAUUAUGGUUCCGGAUUUGAACGCACCUUCCAAUGCGAUGUUUCAAUUCCCCUUGAAUAAUUCAUCUGGAGCCAAUUCUAAUCUGCAAAGAAAUGACUUUGUAUCUGGGUUUUACCCAGUUAAUACUGCUGUGCCUCCACUACAGCAGCAGCAGCAGCAACAACAACAGCAACAACAACAUCAUCAUCACCAUCAUUCUCAUCACCCUCACCAUCAUCCUCAUACCCAUACCCAUCCUCAUAAUCAUCAUCAUGACAAUAACAACAAUGAUAACAACACUCACAUUCCGCAACAGCAACAACAAGAACAACAACAACAGUUUCAACAACAUAUCAGCCAACCACAACAAGUCGCGCCACAGAUGGAGGUUAGUCAAACCAUGAGAUAUCCCGAUAUGUAUCAGCGAUCAUACUCGUACGAUACUCCACUCACAACAUCAAUGAUGGUUCAACCAUCGUCAUCGACAUAUAACUACAUCCAGCCCAUAAAUACCACAGGACAAGUUGACCAAAGCGAUGAGAUGACACGAUUACAAUCUUACUAUAAGAACAACAACAUAGUGGAACAGUUCACCAAGGAUGACAUUGUCGUUCUAAAGUCGUUGUUGCAAAAUGGUGAAAAGAUGAAAUGGAGGUAUAUCUCUUCAAGGCUGUCCACCUUAACUGGUCGAAGAUCAACCUCUGCAACGUGUUGUAAAAAGGCCAAGGAACUCUUCAAGCUGCCAAGUGAGAAAAAUAGUGGUACUCUGGGCACAAGCUUACCAUAUCUUAUUCAUAACUCUUGGGACGCAAUAGUGGAUGACAGUUUGGUUGAAGGUUAG